AUGCUCAACAAAUUUACAGAUGAUAUCAAUAAAUUAUUAAAAAAGAUUAAUGCAUUACAAAGUGCACAAGGCACCCAUUCUGAAAUCACCACACCUUCCUUGUUAGGCAGCUUUAACCUAUAUGUCAAACUCAAUUUUGAGAUGACAAAAGAGCGUGCUGAAGCGCCGAUUAAAUUUUUGCUCUCACCUU